AUGGCUGCGUCUGGCUUUCUCCCCAACAACCACAAUUUUCGGCCCACCAUGGCAUCGCCAUCACUAUACAAUAUGAGCUCGCGCGAGACUCCCAGAUACGGACUCUCUUCGAUCACAGACUCUUCAUCCCCCAUGGCUUGCGUUCUUAUUCGACACUUGCCGCCGACUACGACAGAGGAGUCGCUGCGAUUGAUGUUUGUUUGGUCGCAAGAGCUUGUUGAUGUAGAGCUUCUUCCUGUGAACUUGUCAGAAGAUAAUGGGUUUUGUUCAGCUUACCUCCGAUUCCGAUCCAUGGCUGGUGCCGAAGAGGCGAAGAGGAUGCUUGACGGGCGUGCAAACAUUUCCAGUAGCGCCGAAAUGAUUGUGGACAUAGUCUCCAACAGCUCCGUUGGCGCGCGACGAUAUCCUAAUGACAGUACAUUGGGUAAUGCCUCGGGCUCAACGUCCUCAAAUGCGUCAUCAACUUCUAUGACUGGACCGAGACAAGUUGCAAGAUUCAAUGGCACUUUCCAGACUCUUGAGAACAUUUCACCCCAAACAAACAACGCCUACCCGGGGCACGAACUUCCUAACCCAGAUUCGAGCGCCCAUUAUCAGAACCUCUUUUCGCCACAAUCUCCUAUCGGCAAUCACUUGACCGAGCACGGUAGAAUAUCAGGGAAAACCCUCAUUGCUAACGAUGCUUUCGAGGAUGAUGAAACGAGCGACCUGCUGAAAGACCCCGUUGCUUAUGCUGAGAUCAACGGCGCAAGCAACCAGCGCAGGGCAACGGCUCCCCAACUCCCUAUCAACGGAUUGGCUGCCCUUUCACUCAACACCAAUAACAUGCCAUCACCUUCUUCAUCCCUGCCUCAAUUUUCCAACCCCAUGUCGGCACAGUCUACACUCAUGUCUCCAUUAGACAAGGCUCCUUUUGGUGGUCACACGGCCUUCAACUCGCCAUUUGGACGACAAAUCCAUCCCCCAGUCAACCCGGCUGAUCAGAACCCACCUUGCAAUACCCUUUACGUAGGCAACCUGCCUCCCAACGCUUCGGAAGAGGAGCUCAAGACUCUCUUUGCCAAGCAGCGAGGCUACAAACGCCUAUGCUUCCGAACCAAGGGAAAUGGGCCGAUGUGCUUUGUCGAGUUUGAAGAAGUCACUUUUGCUACCAGAGCCUUGAAAUCGCUCUAUGGGCACCUUUUGCACAACAGUGUUAAGGGCGGAAUCCGGCUCAGCUUCUCCAAGAACCCUCUCGGUGUCCGUGGUCAAGGUCCAGCCCACUCAAACACGAAUAUUAUGGGUGGAAUGAACGGAAGCAUGGGUGGUUCUGCGAAUGGUUUCCCGUCAGCAAACAGGCCACCUCCUGGGCUCUCUGCCCCUCCAGGACUUGGAAGUGGUCGACUUCAUCACCAUGGUGCGCCUCCUGUGAACAAUGGUUAUGGUGGUGCGGGCUACGGUGGUGCCACAAAGUACAACAGCUGGAAUGGACAAGUAUACAACGGCCAUGUUGCUACUCCGACCAACGGUAAUUACAGUUCGUCAGGGGGUUUCCCCCCACCCUACAUGAUGGGGAAGUGA